UUUAGCACGUUUUAUUCAAUGUAGCUGUUAUACACACACCAUGAGGGUUAUCCCGGACAAGGUGGCCGAGAUCCUGGGUGACGAGCGCCUAGAACUCGUAUACGCAGGUACUGAGGAUGCAGUCAAGGAUUCAUGUGCCACUUUGCGGAGGAAUGCGCAGGGGUUGCUUGACAGCGUGGAAUCACGAGAUCCCGCUGUCUGGAAGAUAUAUCGCAACAUAACGUUCGUUGUUGACCACUUUAAGCAGGGAUCUGGUGCUAAUAGGAAGGAAUGGAUAGAAUCUAUGAGCGCCCUGGACACCGAUAUCCCUCUUGACCCAGGCAUAAGGGACUACAUCAAUGGCAAGGUACUCUCUGAUCAUGACAGGCUUGACCGAUCGGUGAAAGGUUCUGUUGACGUCAUGUUGAUACCCUUACUGAGGUUAAUAUUGAGAACUGGCCGAUUUGCCAGUACUUCAUGUUGCUCUGGCAGGGUGGUCCUAUUUGAGUCCAAUGCAGAUCACGCCUCAUCGUUGACUAAACGGUCGACUGACUUCGGCAGGGCUGGCAGGUUCCUCUAUACCUCACAUUGCCAUGUAACUGGUGAUGAGGUGACCAGGGCUCAGGAAUCCGUAGACGCCAUGGUGAAUUCAAAGGGUGACUGCUACCACAGGGAUGCUGUGGAACCAAUUGAACCAUUUGACCCUGGGUAUCACAUUAACCAGUGUGAUGUGAUACUGAAGUUUGAGUCGUUCCUAAUCCAUGUAGAAUCUAACACCCUAGACGACGGCAUGGAACUACUAAAUCUUGCUAGGCAGUGCGGCUUGAAGCAAUCGGGUAUAAUCUCGGGUUCCAGGAGGGUUAUUGUAUCCAUUAGGGGCUCAUAUGGACUAGAGGCCCCAAUUGCGGUACGUUCCUAUGGCGUUCUUCGUGAACGUGACAGUACAUUGGGAUCCAUGGAACCUGGGCGUCUUGAGAACCAAGUGGAUACUACUUGGUUGGUUACUGAUGAGUACUUCAGAUACCUCAUUGCUACCUGCAAUCGUAAAUUCAAUUCAAAUAUCCGUCAAAUGUUACGAUUCUAUUGGAAUUGUGUACAACAUUUCGGUAUAGAUAUUCGCACUCCGUUUAGUAUUCCGUAUGUUAGUGCAACCUUGGGUUCAUCUACUAGCGAUGAAUGUUCACGAUUGUUACGCUCCAAAGAGUUUAACAAUCGUGAACGUGGUGCCAACAGAAGUACCUCGGUAAGCACGCUGGAUACUGACCGCGGAACUGGGAUGUUCGUUGCAGUUAACAAGGCUAUGUCUAUUAAGCAGGUAAAAACGCAUCUGGAGCAGAUGAAGAUAUACGACAAGAGUAGGAAGAUAGUAUUCGUGCCGCCUAUACAAGAGGUGGGACACAACCGUGCUGAUUGUGGCAGUGACAUGACAGAUAGGAAUCCAGGACUGUUAAUCCCUGGAGAUAUACUAAACCAAAAUGCAGUCGCUUUGUUACCGAUUAAAAAUAUUAACGAUGCGAUCCUCAACGAAGCAUUGGUAGAUUUUAUUUAUUCAGACGAUUUGGUAAUCACAAAUGGUUCAUUCAUACACCGCUUAGAAACAGAUUAAUUCAGUAAUGUAUGGCCCAU